UAUUACAUUCCUAUUUGAAUUCGAUGUGAUUUUAGGGUGUGUUAGAUGAUAAAUGCGAAUUAGGUGUUACACCCCGACAUCUGGGUUCAGGUUCAACCAAAAUAAAUGAAUGAUUGAAUCCACGAUUACGUACGAAAAGAUCAAAUCAAACCAAGUUAAGGACCAAGGUCUAAUUAAUUGAGGCGGCGUGAAUUGAUAAUUGUUAGGCGGAAGGAUUGUAACCAUGGGUAGAGUAAUAAUAACAAUUAUUGUUAUUAUUUAUGAAUAAGUGUAUUAUAUUAUAUAUAUAUAUGGUUCAGAUUAGCGUACGUCAGGCGUAUAUUGUACGCCCGUCGAGUUUUACUAUUUAGAGCACGAAUUAACCGGAGUUUGGAGUAUGCUACUAUACCCUAACCUCUAAUGGAUGAAAACCCCAGUACCUAAUUCUCUAACCAAUGCCACAAGAUUCAUUUAAUCUAAAAAAAUAAUAACCGACGGUUCUGAUUCGGCAAAAUAUAUUAAAGUGCAAAAACCAAAUGUGAAUACAAUGUACGACCGUCAUAAAGGGGAAAAUCAUAUCGUUUCCGCCGCUCCUCCAAAACUCAACGCAAACUCUGGUAGUGGAAAAGGGAUCAAGGAAAUUGUACUCCAUCUGUCGCACACAGAAGAUCCGGACAGUGGAUCAAGGGGAGGGGUUGAAAUGGCUCAGUUACGAAGUGGGACUGCUCGCUAUCGGAAGGACGAACGAGACAAGAUUCGUUUGGCCAAGAGUAAGAAGACGCUCGGAAGGUUAUGGCAAUGGUGAAAAAUCUCAAGGCCACGACGGCGUGAGAUGAAGGCGCCACACGAAUGACACGAUGGAGGUAAGGAGUUGGAACUUCCCUUUCUUUUUCGACUUAAGGACUCACACACGACAAUUGAAUGGAUAGAAGUUAAGCACAUAAUGAAAUGAUUCUGGUUCGGAAGUUAGCUGGAACCUCCCACGUAUGCAUCAAUGGAUUGUAUUAGGCGAGGAAAUCCAAGUUAAUUUUAGUAAUAAUGUUAGUGGGUUCUUUGUUCUAAGAAAUUAGUGUGCGUGAAUAGUGGUAUCAAUAAGUUAAGAGGGAUUUAUCUUUAAUCGAAUAAUAAUUGAUGGAAGGCUAGGUUACGAUUAGCGCAUGAUAAUUCAUGAUUUUAGGUUAAUGUAAGGAGCAAAGCAAGGACGUAUUGGAUUAUCGUACAUGCUCUCUAUGAGUAAUGAUGAAUUGAGCUAGACGUGUCCUAGCAAUGCGAAGAGGCAAAAGAAGAAGGAAGUUGAGGUUUUGCAGCAUACAAAGGUUCAUAUUUCUAGUCAAUCGACCGGAAUAAUAAGGUGAGCGUUUA